AAUGGGUGAACGCGGAGGGCUAUGGGUUCUUAUUUUAUUGACCAACCUCACAGAGUUUCUGCAUUUCUUCCUUCCUAGGGUUCGCAAUAAAGCUCGCUGUCGAGACUCCACGGAUUCGCUCCACAAUUCCAUCAAUUCGUGGUUUCAGGCUGUGGAUGAUCGACAAUGGCAGAGAUAAAGGCAUCUGGGAGACCGAUUGAUCAGUUAUUAGAGAAGGUCCUUUGCAUGAAUAUACUUUCUUCUGAUUACUUUCGAGAUCUUUUGAGAUUGAAAACUUACCAUGAAGUGAUUGAUGAGAUUUAUGUUACUGUCACUCAUGUUGAGCCAUGGAUGACCGGAAACUGCCGCGGCCCAUCGACUGCAUUCUGCCUCCUCUACAAGUUCUUCAUUAUGAAACUCACUGUCAAGCAGAUGCAUGGCCUGUUGAAGCACCCCGAUUCUCCUUACAUAAGAGCUAUUGGGUUUCUUUAUUUAAGGUAUGUUGUGGAUCCAAAGACACUAUGGAGUUGGUAUGAACCAUACUUGAAAGAUGAUGAGGAGUUCUCUCCCGGUUCCAGCGGCCGGAUGACUACAAUGGGUGUGUACAUACGCGACUUGCUUCUCGGACAGUAUUACUUCGACACACUUCUGCCCCGAAUCCCCGUCCCCGUCCUGCGACACAUCGUAUCCAACCUCGAAAACAUGAAAUUGCCGACGAAACCCUGUGGAGUUAUCGGAGAGAACAGCCGUGCAUCUGACGACACCGCAAGGAGGCCGCCUUCCGUCAAAGCUUCCCUUUCCGUCUCGUUCGGACAACGCGCUCCUCAUCGUGCAUCAACUCGAGAUUCGUCCCCAGUCCGUCGCACCUCCACGCCGAUUUACGAUAGAGAUGAUACUUCGAGAAGGUCCCCCGGUCGCCGCCGCAGCCAGAGCCGUGAUUUAUCCGAUCGAGAAUAUUCGGACCGGGACCGAGGCAGGGAGAGAGACUGGGAUCGCGAGGACAGGUAUCAUCGAGACAAAGACCCGGAUCGGAAUCGGGAUCGAGACCAUCGAUUCGACUACGACAGAAAAUCCCGAGAUAGAGACAGCUACCGGAGCAGGAGUCGGAGCCAGAGUCGAAGCUUUCACGAUCGAACUGGGCACGAUAGAAUUUGUUCGAGCCCUACUCGUGAAAAGACGUCUACGCCGAGCAAUCUUGCGAAGCUCAAGGAUCUUUACGGAGACUUGAGCGAUGAUCGGAGGGAGGAUUCCGGAAACGGCGAAGAUUUUAGCCGGCGGAGCGGCACCGAAGAAGUGAUCUGGCUCGGCGGCUCUUCGUGGAGCUGUGGCGGCGGCGAUAUCGCCGGCGACUUGUCGGAAAUUUGGGCUCUAUCCUCGCGACAUGGUGUGUACCUUAAUGACCUUUAGCUUCAGUGUAUACAUAGUUUACAAAGGCUUGCAGGUUUAUGUUAUUUUCACUUACAUAACUAAUAGUAAUAUGGAUAAUAUGAUUGAUUGUAAUAAGAUGUUUUAAAUAAAAAUUUGAUUUUGAAUAUACAAUAUCUUAGAAAAGUAAA